AAUCAUGCUCGAGGUCUCAGCGACAUCCUCGGCUCGGCAGGGUAUCCUGCGUGCGUGUGCGGGAGAAAUGCUGACCGCCUGCGUGUUUCGGAGGGGACCUCAGCAUCGGUGAAGCCGGAGGAGUGGAGGGGUGGUGGUGGUGGCAGUGCCUGGAGGCUGCAAAGAAUCAUUUAUUGUACAUUGAAAAGAAAACACAUUAGGGAAAGAAGAAUAUAAUGGAAAUGGAAGGAUUCCCUCCACCACCACCUCCUGAAGUUUUAGGAAAUGACAUACCAAUCACUGCUGCUAAUGAAGAAGAGGACGAAGAAGGAGAACAGUUUGACUUUGAUAGCGGAGAUGAGAUACCAGAAGCGGACAGACAAACUAUUUUGCCAAUUCAAGAAGAGGCAAAUUGUAUAGGUAAUGAAAAUCUAGAAAACCUAGAAGAAACAGAGAAAAUGCAGAGCUCCAAAGCCAAUGCAGAGGGCAUCCUACCAAGGGUAAACCCAUACUCUGUCAUAACCAUUUCGCCAAUGCAGGAAAAGGAGCUGUUGCUGUCACCAGAGCCAACCACACAAGAUGGAACUAUAAGUCCCACCCUCUCAAGUGGCUAUUCGGUUCCAGUGCCUUGUGGCUAUGCCGUGCCAUCCAAUUUGCCAUUGAUAUUGCCGGCGUAUUCCAGUCCUAUUAUAAUCCGCAACCCUUCUGUGGAUGAAGAAGCAAGUGUUCAUAUAGUAGCCGAAGAUGGUCAUUCAAAUUCUCAGAGUUCAGAAGAACCUCCAAACAGUGAAGAUAAUCAGGGAAGCACAGAUGAGAAUGCCUUGGCCAAAUGGGUGGCUGAUCCUGCAAAUACAGAGUGGAUGGAGAAUCCUGAUGAAGUAAUAUAUGAUGAUGUACCAAGAGAAAAUUCAGACUCUGAACCAGAGGAGAUGAUUUAUGAUGAUGUUGAGAAUGGAGAUGAAGGUGGAAAUAGCUCUCUAGAAUAUGGGUGGAGUUCCAGUGAGUUUGAAAGCUAUGAAGAACAGAGCGACUCAGAGGGUAAAAAUGGAAUACCCAGUUCUUUUCUGCGUGGCAACCACAGAAGACAAUUCUCUCAUGACUUAACCCGUUUAAAGGAGCACUAUGAGAAAAAGAUGAAAGAUCUGAUGACCAACACAGUCGGAGGAGUAGAGAUUCAGCAACUAAAGCAAAAACAUGAGCUGAAGAUGCAGAAGCUCAUGAGAGCAGCAAGGGAGGGCACCAAAGACGGGCUUGAAAAAACUAAAGCGGCUGUGAAGAAAGGCCGGUCAUUCAUCAGAACUAAGUCCUUUAUUAGUCAAGAACACAGAGCUACCUGUCUGGAGGAAGAGGAGCUAUUUAUUGAUGUAGAUUGCAUGCACACAGAAGCAAUCAUGACUCCAAUGCCAGAUGGAUUAUCCCAACAACAGGUUGUGCGAAGAUACAUUUUAGGCGCUGUGGUUGACAGUGAAAAAAACUACGUGGAUGCUCUGAAAAGAAUAUUAGAGCAAUAUGAAAAACCUCUUUCAGAGAUGGAGCCCAAAUUACUGAGUGAGAGGAAACUGAAGAUGGUCUUCUAUCGAAUUAAAGAAAUUCUUCAGUGCCAUUCAAUGUUUCAGAUGGCCCUGGCAAGCCGUGUCUCGGAGUGGGAUUCUGUUGAAAUGAUUGGUGAUGUCUUUGUUGCCUCAUUCUCUAAAUCCAUGGUACUGGAUGCCUACAGUGAGUAUGUAAUCAAUUUUAGCACAGCUGUGGGGAUUCUCAAGAAAACAUGUGCUACAAAACCUGCCUUCCUUGAGUUUUUAAAGCAAUGUCAAGAAUCUAGUCCUGAUAGAAUCACUCUUUAUGGCUUAAUGAUGAAGCCCAUACAACGUUUUCCUCAGUUCAUUCUUCUAUUACAGGAUAUGUUGAAGAACACGAUUAAAGGCCACCCAGACAGGCUGCCUCUACAGAUGGCUCUCACAGAACUUGAAACACUGGCAGAGAAAUUAAAUGAAAGGAAAAGGGAUGCAGAUCAGCGCUGUGAAAUAAAACAAAUAGCCAAAGCCAUGAAUGAGCGUUAUCUGAACAAGUUACUCAGCAGUGGCAACCGGUACCUGAUCCGAAGUGAUGAUAUGCUAGAAACUGUUUAUACAGACAAAGGGGAGAUCAUGAAAACCAAAGAACGGCGUCUGUUUAUGUUAAACGAUGUUCUCAUGUGUGCUACUGUGCAUAUUCGCUCUUCCCAUGAAAAUAGUGGUGUUGUGAGUGGCCAGAGGUAUUUAUUAAAAUGGAGUGUGCCACUUGGGCAUGUCGACGUCAUAGAGUAUGGAAGUAAUGAUGGCCAAGGUGAGAACUGCAGAUUCCCUUUGCAGCCGUCCUCUGAGAUCAUGGUUACCAACGCCAAGCCAAAUAAGCUUUAUAUGGGACCAGGGCAACUGUACAAUGAUUUGCAGAACCUCUUACAUGACUUGAAUGUAGUUGGCCAAAUCAGUCAACUAAUAUGCAGCCUGAAGGGAAACUACCAGAAUUUAAAUCAGUCAGUGGCUCAUGAUUGGACCUCAGGUUUACAGAAACUCAUUUUGAAAAAAGAAGAUGAAAUUAGAGCCGCAGACCGCUGUCGAAUUCAACUUCAGCUUCCAGGAAAACAGGACAAAUCAGGACGGCCUACUUUCUUUACGGCUGUGUUCAAUACAUUUACACCUGCCAUCAAACAGUCGUGGAUCAGAAGUUUACAAAUGGCUAAGCUUGCUUUAGCUGAUGAAAAUCUGCUGGGUUGGUUCUGUAUAGAUGAUGAUGGGAAUCAGAUUAAAAAAGAGAAACACCCACUCCUUGUGAAACACAUGCCUGUGAUGAUGGCCAAACAACAGGAAUUUAAGGUUGAAUGUGCUGCUUAUAAUCCUGAACCUUGUUUAUGUGAAGAAAGUGACCCUGAUUCUCUUUCUACUGAGUAUGGUUUUCUGUGGAUUGGCAGUUGUACUAAUCAAAUGGGCCAAAUCGCCAUUGUAUCAUUUCAAAACUCCAAUCCAAAGCUUAUUGAAUGCUUCAAUGUGGAGUCAAGAAUUCUCUGUAUGGUCUAUAUUCCAGAAGAUGAGAAAUCCAAAGAAUCAAAUAAUAUGUUUCCUGAAUCUGGAGACAUGGCUACAAAACCCCUCAGCGUGCCUACUAUUUGUCUAGGCAUGGAAGAAGGAAGCAUCUCUGUUUACAAAAGUAGUCAAGGCUCCAAGAAAAUCCGUCUUCAACACUUCUUUGCUCCCGAGAAGUCUACUGUGAUGAGCUUAGCAUACAAGACUCACCAUUUAUUUGCUGGCCUAGUCAAUGGAAACAUUGCAAUCUACACCAAAUUGGAAGAUGGGACCUGGAACUCAGAACCACAGAAAAUAGUGAAAUUGGGAGUUCUUCCUGUCAGAGGUCUUCUUGUGAUGGAAGAAACCAUCUGGGCUGCUUCUGGUGGACAGAUAUUUAUAAUUAAUACAGAAAGUCAUGCUGUAGAGUGCCAUUUUGAAGCUCAUCAAGAGGAAGGGAUGGUGAUCUCUCAUAUGGCUGUUGCAGGAGUGGGGAUCUGGAUUGCCUUCACAUCGGGAUCUACUCUCCGUCUUUUCCACACUGAAACCCUUAAACAUCUCCAGGAUGUUAAUGUGGCCACUCUUGCUCACAAUAUGUUAUCAGGACAGCAACGUGUUUCAGUGACUAGCCUCUUAGUAUGCCAUGGCCUGUUACUGGUUGGAACAAAUGUUGGGAUUAUAGUAGCCCUCCCAGUUCCUCGUUUGCAAGGAAUCCCCAAAGUGACUGGAAGAGGCAUGGUAUCUUAUCAUGCCCAUAAUGGCCCUAUCAAGUUCCUGGUAACGGCCUCUGUGACAAGCAAGCAGAACAAAAGCAAGUCAAAAUCCAGGUUGAAUUGUCCUCAUUCAGGCCUGAAAGAAGAUGACCAAAAGGGUGCUGGACCUGAGAGGCCCAAUUCUUCUCUGAGCAACCCCAGUGACAAUGCCAUUUGGUUGGGGGGCUCAGUCGGAUCCAUUGCUCAGAAAAGUGACUUGUCUUCAUCGUCUGGGUCACUCACGUUGUCUCACGGAUCCAACACAGCUGAACCUCGGCCGGAAGAGAGUGCUGUCUAUGAGCUUUUGAAAGAAGUCUCCCCUGACCAGAGUAAAAGACAUAGAUCCAGAGAGGGGAAAGCAAUAUCCAUCUUAGUCAUCUCUGGAGGACAAGGACACAGAAGGGUGAAUAAGAAAUGCAAGCAGCAGCGGCCAGAUGAACUGGUGUCUUCAAUAAUGAUUUGGCAGAUUCCACUGUUAAAAAUCUGACAGGAUACAAUGCGAUUUGUUCAAUGGCAAAGUUUGCUUUGGUGUUAACACCAUCAUGAUGAAUUUACAUUUUUAUCUCAAAGCAAAUUAAAUAUCAAUGUUUGCAAAGGCCUCUUUAUAAGGUUUCUUUGUCCUGAAUUUACAUGGGUUACUUUGUUAGAACAAGUAUCUUAGAUAUAUUCGAAGAAGCCCAUUUCAGAGCUAUAUCUAAACAUAUAUUUGAGUCUUCAAAAGUUCUUUAGUUGAAAAAAAAAAUCCAUUUCAAGCAUUUUUUCUCAUUUUGCUACUAUUUAUAUUCAAAUAUUGUAGCCUAAAAAAUAUUCAAUGAAGGGAAAGGAUCGAAUAGUAUUUCUCUGAUGAGCCUUGCUUAAAUAAUUAUUUCUUGCAAGGCAAUAUCAUGCACGUGUGUUUCAUUUUCCACAAACAUUUUUAAAGCAAUCAUUAUUCCAAGAUAGUCUACUAGCUUAAUUCCAGAGACUAUAAAUAAACCUGUAAUAUACUUUCUCAAGUAAGUGUCAGACACAAUAAAAAAGUUUUUUGGUUAUAUACUACAGAUUUAUACGUGGGAGGAAAAAGAGGUAGGGCUAACUUUUAAUUAUUAAUACUUAAAAAUGAAUAUUAUAAAAAGAAAUGUCAAACAUUCAGAAUGAAAUAUGUUUGACUUACUAAGCGAUGUAUUUUUUUUUUAAUCUUUUGGUUACUCCCAGUAAGUAGAAGGGAAAAUGAAACCACUGUGAAAUUUAGUAGAUUCAGGCAGUUGCUUGUGUUUUGGUGCUCCAUUUAAUUAUAGCACAUUCUGUCGCUGGCGGUGGAAUGUGCCUCAUUUAUCUAUAUGGCUGCUUAUAUAUUUCGAUUAGCAUUAGAUAAUAGUGAGGAAAUCAAGUAUAAACAUAAAAUAAAGAGACCCUAACAUUAAAGUAUAUUGUUUUCAUAAGAUUAUUAUAGUUGGUCAGCCAGAUGGAUAGUCUGGAUUUGGCAUUUUGAUCCACUUAUUGAGUCCUUCCCAAGGACCCAGGAUAGGCUGAUAGUGUUUAAGAUAUCAUCCAUCGGGGCGGGGGGGGAGCUGUUCCAAGUAAAGUUGCCUUUUGCAAUUGAUGGUAGUAAUUUUGUCAAUGCCAAUGAUGUUCAAGUGGUGCUCCAGAUGUUUUAGGAUUGCACCCAGGACACCUGUUAUUGUUGGUAUUACCUUUGCUUUCUUUUGAUGUGUUUGUUCUGUUUCUAUUUGUAGGUCUUUGUAUAUUGUGAUUUUCUACAGUUUUUCUGCUUCUGUUCUGCUGUCUCUAGUACUGCAACGUCUCUUAUCCAGACUUCUUUUGUUUUUCUUAUCAACAUUUGAUACCUCUGGGGUGUUAUGUAGCAGUUUGAAUUCUAAAGUCUCAGAGUACUUUAGUUCCUUCAUUUUUCUAUUACGUUGUCUAUGUUGAGGUCCCAUCAGUAUUCACUUGCAAAUGGUAUGUUUUGCAGAUCUUCCAAUAUACCAUUGGAACAUCUAUUUUGUUAUCAGUCUGUGCAAUCAGCUAACUUGGUGGUCUGGUCCACUGUAAUGAAACUCCUUUGCUGGGACCACAUUUGCUGUCUGUUGCUGUCUAUUCAGUUCUGGCUUUAUGUGCAUUUGCUCUUCAAGCUUGGCCUUGUGCAGGCAGAAUUAGCUCUCCAGUCUCUUUCUUCAACUUUCCUGCUCUUAGCUAUUGGCAGGUCUUGUUCUGCUCUGCUAUAUUUUUAAAUGUUCUGGCUGUGUAAUACUUUGCCUUGCCAUGUCUCUUAUUCUAUGUUUCAUUUGGUCUUUCUUGUAGGCCAGUUUGCUCUUUCCGAUAUUCAGUAAACCUUUAUGGUGUACUACCUUCAUUGCAUCUUCUUCAUUGUUCUUCAGAUAUUCUUCCAGUACCCUUUUUUCUUCAACUUUCUGGUGUACUUGCAACAUUCCACAUCCACCUGUUUUCCUUGGCAAAUAAAGUCUGUCACUUCAUUAAUGAAGGGAAUAAUUCAUUGUUAUUAUUUUUUUCUGAUCAUCCCAUGCAGGGCUUUUAGUUCUGCUUGAGUCUAGUCCAGUGUUCCAGCUCUGUAUCUAAUGACUUGUGCAAUUAUUAAUUGCCUUGUUGGUAUUUCCAUUACUGGGUCUAUACUUUAAGAUCUUCAUGGCCAUGAUAAAUUCACUUCUAACUUUGUGACUUCACUGUUCUUGAUGUCAUGUUGAAGGAUGCCAGGAAUUUGUAAUGAAUUUAUUCAUCUGGACUCUUGAUGGUAUUUCCAUUCAUAUUUCACAGGUUUUGCUUUGUUGAUGGUAAAGGUGGCACAUUUGUCUAGUCCAAACUCCACAGUAAUGUCUUGGGACAGUGUGGAGCAGCAAUUCUAUUUCAGAUGGUGCUUUUCCAUACAGCUUCUUAUUGUCUGUGCAAAAGAGAUGGGAUAGCUUGGCAGAUUUCUUUGAAGUUGGUAGCCAUGCCCUGACUUAUUCAGUAUGGAUGACAGAGGAGUCAAUGUAGCGACAAACUCUAGUGGUGAUAAGCUCCUUGAAAAAUUCCUCUCUUGGUAUUAACCUCUCCUUGUAUUUCACCAUUGACCGGCAACUGUGUCUUCCAUUGUGCUUUGCUCAAACCUUCUGAUGUUUCUACUGAUUCGUUUUAUUUAUAGACACUUGAUUAUCCAAUAAUGUAGCAGAGAGUCAAAUGCCUUAUUGUAAUAAAUCCAAGCCAGGUUCAGCUUGGUCUUCCUUCUCUUGUAGUUUUCCAGAAUCAUUUUAUCAAUUCGUAGUUAAUUUUUAUUCCUCUUCUGUUUCGGUGGUUUUCUUUCUGCUCAGGUGGAAAGAGCUUGUGUUCAAUCAGAUGCUAUUGGAGUACAUCAGCUACUACACCUGUUAGCAAGUUGUUGAUAAGAAGGUAUUGGCCUAUAGUUGCCUGGUGUUGUCCCUUUUUCUGAAACUUUUAUUAUCAGGUAGGUUUUGCUAGAUGUUAACGACUCUUCAAUUUCACCUCCUUGCUAAGUAUGUUGUUAAACUGCUUGACAGCAAGUGGGUGUAGACCAGUCAACCAGAAGCCAUGCAGUUCAUCUUCACUUGGUGCUGACCAAUUCUUGAUCUUCCUUGCCCUUUUCUCCACCAUUUCUGCUGUUAUCGCAAGUUCUGUUUUAUUCUUAUCCACCUCCUUUAGCCAAGAUGCCUUCUUGUAUUUUUUGGGGUUGUCCCAUGGCUCCACCCAGUACUGCACUGUUUUUUCUUUGCCAGAUGUGGCUGGUUCACUGCAGUCUCUCCAUUGAUGGACUGGUGUAAACAUUUCUGAUUUGACUGAAAUUGAAUAUUCUGCCUGUAGUGUGCAAUUUGAGCUUUGUAUCUGCUGAUUUUCUUGGCUCUAACUGUUGUUUGCUGAUAUUUUCUUGAUCAGGUGUUGUUUGGUCUUCUUGUCUUUCAUCUGUUCCAGCUUGCUUGUAUCUGAUCUUAACAUGCUGUUCUUAUUUUCCAGCCUGAUCUUCCAUUUUGGUGGUGUACUGUUUGGCUUUUUUUCCUCUUGUUUGUUGAUUUUGCAUCCAACAUUUUCAGUUAUAACUGCACCCAUGCUGUAAAUUAAUUGGUUUGUUUGCCCAGGAUGGUUGAACCUCUGGCAUAGCUCUCCUCCUCCUUCUCAGGGCAUGUAAGGCCCACAGCCCUGGCAAGAUAUUGACUCAUUAUGACUUCAUUGCUCUCCAGAUACAUCACUGAUUGUUACCAGUGCAUAUUAUUAACACAGACUUUGAUCUGAAGUCAACAAAUGUGCAUUUGUCAUGUGAAUAUUAGCAAACAAAAAACAAAAAAACAAAACCCAGCCCUACAUCUAUAGAAAGAAGAUGCCAUGGCUGUUUCCAAGCAAUAAAGAAGGGAAUUUGUAUAAUCAAAGCAAGUCAACAUAUUUUCCUUUUAAUAAAAUGGAAAAUUACAUAAUUAUCUGGGAUGAAAACACAGGUGCUAUCACUGCUGUUAAAAACUUAAUUGCUCGUGACCAACAGCUACAACUUCAGAAGCCAUCGUAAUGACUCUGGAUAAUGGUAAUUAAGCAUCAUUUUAGAGUUUGUAGAACUAUGUGAUGUCUUAAAACCUGGGUGUACCUGAGACUUGCCAGAGCUUAGCUGCAGGAAGAGAUCAUUUACCUCAAGCUUGCAAGCUUAUCCAUUUGGAUUUCUUGAGAUUUGUAUAUGUAAUACCAGUAGUGGUAUAUUCUGAUAGGAUGGGAUGGAACAUGAGAAUUUAAACUUUAAAAGAGCUGUACCAAUUAACAGUCUGCUUAUUGGGAAUAAUAGCAGAGCAGUAUGUUGGAUCACAGAGACUCCUAGUUUCAUCUUUUUUCUUCUUCUUGAAGAAGGGGCAAUUCUAGUAGGAAACUUACAUUACAAAGCUCUGUUAUGGCCAUUUCUUUCAAAUGUAAUACACACUGAAUUCAUUGCACUUAGGGAAAAUUCAAUUAGAUCAAUGGAUAUUAAAUGUUUGUUACCUGUGACUAAAUUUGAUAUAGUUAUACAAUAAUGAAGACAUAAAUUUGUGUAUGAAAGAGGAGGGAGGCUUCCUCUUUUCCUGAAGCCAGAAAAAGAGUAGGCAGAAAACCGAUUGGCAUCCACCAGCAAGUUAUUGGUUUGCAAUAAAUUAGAAAGCACUUUUAAUAUGAGCAAUAGAUUUUUCCCUCAAUUAGAGCAUUAAAAGCCUUACUAUCUACUUAAUCAAAUGUAGAUUCAUAUUUGUGGAGUCACAAAUUUACAGCUUAGCCGGUAUAAAGGGUAAUCACUUCUGUCUCUUGAGUUGCUCUUUUAUAUAUAGUUCCAACUGAUGGUUGUCUUGAUAGUCAAACAAGUAGUUUUCAUAAGUGUGUGUCCUUGGCUGGAUGUGAAACCUUGUCAUAUAUCUUUAGGUCAGCAGUAAUGAAACAUUUGAAUUUCUGGCUCCUUAAUGCAGACAUGGGUACUCCCAGAAUUCAUUUCUAAAUGAGAAUUUCCCAUAGUGAAGAUACAACUAUAAGUUCUUUAAGCCAUAAUUUUACAGAAAAGGUGUUCAGAAUUGCAAGCGCAUUAUCAAGUAACUUCCAAAUGAGUCCAUUACAGCAGAGGUCAAGAAAAAGAACUGAUAAUGUCUAGAGAAGUUGGAAAAAUAUUUUUAACUUUUAGCACUUAACCAUCCCAGUUUACACCCCUCAAACAUUUGUGGUUUAGGUUUUGGUUAUAUACUGAUUUGCCAUUGGUUGAUAAAACGUGAAACUAGUUCCCUAAUUUCAGGAUUUCUUUGAACUCGCCUGUCUCGGAUAAUAUUUCCUACACUCUAACACAACUUGCUUUGGAAACUGAAAGGGCUUUGAGGAACAGUUUGUGAUAGAGCUUUCUAAAGAAAAUUCCAUUAAGCUCUUUGGAUUCUGGUUAUUGAGGGCUGCUGAGGAAGUUUCCUAACAAGACUAUUAUAAAAUAGGUGUGCUAUAUUACAGAACUUUUAAAAACUCCAAUAAAAUUGUAUAUAUGUAUAGAUUAAAAUGCUAACCAGUAACCGAAAUACUGCUUUAAUAUUGGAUACAAGCCACAUUUAUAGUCCACACAGAAACAUAUAUGUGUUGCUAGGCAGAUUUUUGUGUCUGAUCCCAAGUGAGAAUAAUGAUAUCUGGGAGGAAGACAGCCACUAUGUUUCAUCAAAUGUUUUCUAAUAUCUAACAGUACAUUUGUUAUAACCUGAGCCAUACAAAUAUGUAUUUAUGUCUAAAAUAAACUCAAUAAACUGUGAAUAAACAAGA